AUGGAUCCUUGUCUGUUGCUGGCCAUCCUGUGCUUGGGAAUGGCCUCAGCUGCUCCAACAUUUGAUCCCAGUUUGGAUACAGAGUGGACGGAGUGGAAGACAAAAUAUGGGAAAAGCUACAACUCGGAUGAAGAUAUUUUCAGGAGAGCAAUAUGGGAGGAGAACUAUAAAAUGAUUGCCGUGCACAAUGAGGAAUACAGCCAAGGGAAACAUAGCUAUACCAUGGAAAUUAACGCCUUUGGAGACAUGACUACUAUAGAAUUUAAUCCAACAGGAAGUGACUUUCAGCCCGAUGGGCACAAUGAAGGACAAAUGUACCCGGAAUUUCUACUUGAUGAGCUGCCUGCCUCUGUGGACUGGAGAGAGAAAGGCUACGUGUCUCAUGUGAAGGAUCAGGGAAACUGUGGUUCUUGCUGGACUUUCAGCACAACUGGUGCGCUAGAAGGACAGAUGUUCAAGAAAACUGGCAAACUGGUGUCACUCAGUGAGCAAAACCUAAUGGACUGUUCUAAAGACAACUAUGGCUGUGAUGGUGGCCGGCCAGACUGGGCUUACCAAUAUAUUAAGAAGAUCGGAGGCCUGGACUCAGAGGAAUCCUACCCAUAUGAAGCAAGGGUUGGACCCUGCAGAUAUAACCCUGAGAAAUCUGUUGCUAAUGUCACUGGAUUCAUCAAUAUUCCCCCAAAUGAGAAAGCUCUUAUGCAUGCUGUGGCCACUGUGGGUCCCAUUGCUGCUGGUGUUCAUUCGCUCCGUGAUUCAUUCAAGUACUAUAAGGGAGGCCUUUAUCAUGAUCAAAACUGUGCCAGACGCCCAUUGACUCAUGCUGUUCUGAUUGUUGGCUAUGGAUAUGAAGGAGAAAAAGAAACAGCAACGAACAAAUACUGGCUGAUCAAGAACAGCUGGGGCAAAAGCUGGGGUGUCAAUGGCUAUGGAAAGUUGGCCAGAGACCAGAACAACCUCUGUGGAAUUGCCUCCUGGACCCUCUAUCCCACUGUGUGA